GGAGGAAGGUGACCGGAAUAUCCAUCCAUGGCUGCCUAUGCCACUCCAUCCGCGGUGGCGGCGCUGCCGCCUCUAAAUGUGCUUCGCCCAUUGACGGGUAAUCUCAUCAUCAACAGACUUCACAUGCUCCUCAACGGGAUCGCCAUAACAGCCAUCUUCUCCUACAGACUCGCCACAAUUUCCGGCAUUCAUAAAGGAGAAGAGUGCCGCCCCGCCGCCUCGCCUUCUUCCCCACCUGGUCGUCCUCGUCUCAGAAACCAUCCUCACAUUUCUCUGGAUUCUUCACCAGGCUGCCAGGUGGCGGCCCGUCAAGCGCGCCGUGUUCCCGGAGCGGCUGCCUGAAGACGAGGAGCAGCUCCCCGCCUUGGACGUGUUCGUGUGCACGGCGGAUCCGAACAAAGAGCCGUCGCUCGGAGUGAUGAACACUGUUCUUUCGGCCAUGUCGCUCGACUACCCUUCUCGUAAGCUCUCUGUUUAUGUUUCCAACGACGGAGGCUCUUCCGUGACGCUGAACGCCGUUCGUGAGGCGUGGAGAUUCUCGAGGUUUUGGGUUCCUUUCUGCCGGAAAUAUGAGGUGGAAGUCCGGUGCCCGGAGGCUUACUUUUCCGAUCAUGGAAGCAUUGGUGGCAGUGAAGAUGAUGAUGAUGAGUAUGUUGCACAUAGGAAGAUCAUCCAGGAAAGGUACAGUGUGUUUAAGGAUGCUUUGGAGAAGAAUUCUGUGAAUGCAAGCAAAUCUGUUAGCAGAGAUCAUCCGCCUACUGUUGAGGUGAUGAAGGAUGAAAAUGAGGAUUCGAGCGGGCUAAGAGAGAUGCCACUUCUUGUUUACGAUGCUCGGGAGAAAAGGCGAGGCCAUCCCCACCAUUUCAAAGGAGGGGCUGUCAAUGUUCUACUCCGAGUGUCUGCGGUAAUAAGCAAUGCUCCCUACUUUCUGGUGUUGGAUUGUGACAUGUACUGCAACGACCCUUCCUCUGCUUGCCAGGCUAUGUGUUUUUAUCUUGAUCGUAAAGUGUCUUCUUCAGAAAUCGCUUGGGUUCAAUUCCCUCAGCAAUUUCACAAUGCCACCGAACGCGAUCUCUAUGAUGGAAGGCUUAACCCCAAUUUGGUAUGUUUUUGUUUACUCUUGAUCAAAUCCUGAUUGUGCCAAAUUCAUUCAUUUCCCACACACGAAAAAAAUGCACAGAGAGAAGGGCAAGGCUUUGAUGGGCUUAGAGGACCUGUCUUAUAUGGCUGCAAUUUUUUCAUGAAGAGAGAAGCAAUCCAUGGAGCCAAGAACAUUCGGAUGGGUACUUGGGGU